GUUGAAACUUUGUGUCGUUACCUUGAUGGUUACUCCACAGGUAGAGCCAUGAGUUAGUGGUGUUGGUAUCUCUUCCCUCCGUCGUGUGCAGGUGGGAUAGCUUGAGGUUAUGGAUCGGAGCUAUUAGUAUCGUGUAUGUAAGGCGCCUUGUUAUUAUUAGCUCAUCGUCCUUUCAAUUCAUAAAAUAAGAGAAACUCUUUCACCUGGAAUUGGAGGUCGUUCAAGUUCAACCUAUCCAUCAUAAUGGAUGAAAAGGAGGAAACUCUUCAAGCAAAGCUACAACAAGUGAGGGAGGAGAACAAUGCUCUAAGACUGAUGCUUGAGGUUCUGAGCAGCAAGUGCAGAAAGCUUGAGUCCCAACUUGAAGAGAUCAACAAGAACGAACAGAAGGGUAUCAGUUCAUAUCAAAUUGAGUCUCUGUCUAACCAUGUUUCUAGCAAGAGAGCAAGGCUAGAAUUUCCCACAGUCAAAAAGCCAUUGGAAAUCUUCUUCAGAACCCUCCCCAAUGAUGACACUUUGUUAAUUAAAGAUGGAUAUCAGUGGAGGAAGUAUGGGCAGAAGGUUACCAAAGACAAUGGUUCUCCUCGAGCUUACUUUAGGUGCUCCAUGGCUCCCACUUGCCCAGCCAAAAAGAAGGUGCAAAGAUGCACACAUGAUAGGUCUAUCCUUGCUGCAACUUAUGAUGGAGAGCACAACCAUAGUGCCCUUGAUGACUCAUUCAGACCAUCUUCAUCCACACCAAAAGGCUCAUCAAUAGCUAAUAAUUUAUCUCCAACAAUUAUACCAUAUGAUAAAGAAGCUAUGAACAAUGUCUUUGCUAUUUCUGAUUGGGCUCAAACAAAUGCUAGACUCUAUGAGGAUGUCAUUCCACAGCAUGUCCAUGGCAGCAACAUCAAAAUUGAAGAUUAUAUAAGUUCUGUGAUCAAAGAUCCUGAUUUCACUACUGCAUUAGCGGAAGCAGUUGCCCACAUUAUCACAGGUCAACAUAAGCGACAAAGUCUAAAUCUCAAUUUGGAUAUUCCAAAAGAGUGAAAUGAAGGGGGUUUCUCUUUGUACCCCCAUUUUUUCCCACUAUACCACCACAGAUAACUUUCGGAAAGAAAUUAAUUUCCAGAAAUGAUUCGCUUCCGGAAAAUAAUUCCUGGAUGCAUGUGUUGGUGCAGUGAGAGAAAAAUGGGGUUUCACCACCCCACAAUCUCAAUGCCCAUAUGCAAGUAAAGCGUAAAGAGAUUGAAUUUUACGUACUUAAAUAGCAGUCAAAUUGCAAUGAAGAUGAAUUAUAGACCAGUGAGUAGUAGACUUUUAGCACUGUAAAGUGAGCAAAUUUUCCUUAGUUUGUAUUCAAUGCAUAAUGUAGGAUUGAGAAGAUAUGUGGUGGUUAGUUUGCAGUUUUCACAAUUUUUUACUUUUGGUUAUGGCUCAAAGAGUUCAAUAACUAUGAACUGUCAAUCUAAAAAUGUUUUAC